ACGGGCAUGGGUGGCUUUCAUGAGUCAUCAAAGAUGAAGUUUGAUUCAGAAACUCGUAUUUUCGGUGAUUCACCGCGUCUUGUCCAGACUUUCUCGCUCUUUGUCACUUCCUGCCUUGUCGGGGCCCGCGGACCACUCGCACCCCUCGGACUCCGCGGCGCGUCAGGCCUAUUCUUGGCAUCAAAUCCACUCCGCCGUUUGGGCUUGACAAGCUGCCAAUCUUCUUGCAUCCCUCGUCACAGUCUCCGCCAUCCAUUGGUUUCCUCGUGAUCAUGGCUUGGCUGGCUGCUUUUGGCAGGCUUGGAGCUAAUCUCACCCCUAAUGUUACCUCUUCGGGUUCCCGCCAUCGGGAUUUUCGUGGCGCAGAUGAUCCGAUGCCGUAUGAGAGGCUCUAGUAUAUAGUAUGGCGCUGACAAUAGCCGAUCCUUCCAUCCUUUUUCCCUUCUCUUCUAUGCUCGUUGUUGCCCUGUGACUUCGGGAUGUCGCUCCAAGGUAAGGCUACUAGUACACCCACACAUCACAUGGGUAAUCUAGCCCCGUCCAGCGACAACUCGUCGAACGAAACGGUCACCUCCACUACUCAAGCUCGUCAGGUCGAGGAAUCUCACGGGCAGAAGCUUGAGACCGAUGUGUAUGAGGACAGCGAAGCCCAAAGGGAGCAGGAGGUACUCAACCUUGCUCGCAAGUUCACGACUAGGUCGAUCGAUUCGCAUCACCAACCGCUCUUUGGACCAAACCCUGGCAAGAAAGUCGACCCCCAGAGCCCCGAUUUCAGCGCGAAAUCUUGGGCAAAAGCCUUCUACAAUGUACGAUACAAGGCAGAGGGUAACUCUGAGCCGCGGCUCUCUGGGUUUGCCUUCAAGGGUCUCCAGGUGUAUGGAUACGGCAGCGCUACCGAUUACCAAAUGAGCGUCGGUAAUGCCUUGCUCAAACUUCCGUCCAUGGCUCUUCGCUUCUUCAGCGGAAAGCACGGGCAGAAGGUCGACAUUCUUCAAGACUUUGACGGUCUAGUCCUACCGGGCGAGCAGCUAUGCGCUCUCGGUCCGCCUGGCUCGGGCUGCUCAACACUGUUGAAGACGAUUGCCGGCGACACUCAUGGUUUCGAGGUUCACCCGGAUUCUUAUAUCAAUUACCACGGUAUCACUUCUCGACAGAUGACGACCGCAUUUCGCGGCGAGGCCAUCUACACCGCGGAAGUUGACAUUCACUUUCCUAUGCUUUCGGUGGGCGACACCCUCUACUUCGCUGCUCUUGCUCGUGCACCCUACCAGAUUCCCGGCGGCAUCGAUCGUAACGAGUAUGCGACUCAUCUGCGCGACGUGAUCAUGGCCAUGUUCGGCAUCGGCCACACCAUCAAUACACGGGUGGGCAAUGAUUUUGUCCGUGGAGUCAGUGGGGGCGAAAGGAAGCGGGUAACAAUUGCUGAGGCCGCGCUGAGCUACGCCCCAUUGCAAUGCUGGGAUAACAGCACCAGGGGUCUUGAUAGUGCCAAUGCUGUUGAAUUCUGUAAGACCUUGCGCACUCAAAGCGAUGUUUUCGGAACGACUUCGUGCAUUGCAAUCUAUCAGGCACCCCAGGCCGCGUACGAGUUGUUUGAUAAAGUGACUGUGUUGUAUGAAGGACGGCAAAUCUACUUCGGCAAGGCAGGCGAGGCAAAGUCCUAUUUCGAACGACUCGGAUUUCACUGUCCUGAAUCUCAAACCACUGCCGAUUUCCUUACUUCGAUGACAAGUCCCGUCGAACGAGUGGUCAAGCCUGGGUUCGAGCACUUGGUGCCUCGAACCGCCGACGAGUUUGCUCAAAGAUGGAAAGAUAGCCCCGAGCGCCAGGAUCUCUUGCGCCAGAUCGACCAGUACGCACAGGAACACCCGUUUGAAGGUGCCGACUUUGAGAAGUUCGAUCAGUCGCGAAAGAUGGAAAAGUCAUCCAAGCAACGCCAAAAGUCACCGUACACUCUCUCCUAUUGGCGCCAAAUCCAGCUGUGCAUGUGGCGAGGAGUACAGCAGCUGAAAAAUGACCCGAGCGUCACUCUCGCCAUGCUAAUCGGAAAUUUCUUCGAAGCUUUAAUCAUCGCCAGUAUUUUCUAUGGUCUCGCGAACGAUACCUCGUCUUUCUUCUCCCGGGGUGCGCUAUUGUUCCUGAUGGUCGUUUUGAACGCGUUCUCGAGUUUACUUGAAAUUCUAUCGCUCUAUGCGAAAAGACAGAUCGUGGAAAAGCACAAUCGCUAUGCACUAUAUCAUCCUAGUGCUGAAGCAAUAUCUUCUUUGAUCGUUGACAUGCCCUACAAGAUUACCAAUACCUUGAUCGUGAAUACGACUUUGUAUUUCAUGGGAAACCUUCGCCGUGAACCUGGCCCAUUUUUCUUUUACCUUUUGAUCUCGUUCUUCACGAUGAUGUCAAUGUCGAUGUUUUUCCGUCUCUUUGCCUCGAUCACUAAAACCAUUUCUCAAGCUCUCGCGCCAUCCGGUAUUAUCAUGCUGGGUCUUGUUCUGUAUACCGGGUUCACGUUGCCGGUCGCUUACAUGCGUGGUUGGGCGCAUUGGAUCCGCUAUAUCAACCCUAUCUCUUACGGAUUCGAGGCUAUCAUGGUCAAUGAGUUCAAUGGACGCGAAUUCCCGUGCGUUGCAUUCGUACCGUCUGGCCCGGGUUAUGAGGAUAUCUCCCCAGACCAGCGCGCGUGCGCUACGGCGGGCUCCGUUCCUGGCUUUGAUACGGUCAGUGGCUCGGCAUUCGUUCAAAGCUCUUACGAAUAUUCGAACAGCCACCGCUGGCGCAACUUCGGUAUCAUUGUUGCUUUCACUAUUUUCCUCGCUUUUUGUCACUUAGUCAUGUCUGAGUUGGUGGCCUCCGAGCGCUCCAAAGGAGAAGUCCUUGUGUUUCGUCGUGGAAGGGUACAGAAAUCCAAGGCGAGACAGUCACAAUCGGACGAGGAGCAGUCGGGUUCUCCUGAACUCCAUGAGAAACACGACAGCGGCCUUGAAUCGGAUGCUGAUGUGGAGAAGCAAGUGUCCAUCUUUCAUUGGGAAAAUGUCUGCUAUGACAUCAAAAUCAAGGGCGAACCUCGGCGAAUCUUGGACAAUGUUGACGGUUGGAUCAAGCCUGGCACUUUGACUGCACUGAUGGGUGUUUCCGGAGCGGGCAAAACUACUCUUCUUGACGUCCUUGCCAGUCGCACAACAGUCGGGGUGAUCUCGGGCGACAUGUUGGUAGAUGGUCGACAACGCGAUGAAUCGUUCCAGCGCAAGACGGGCUACGUGCAGCAGCAAGAUUUGCAUCUCCAUACAUCAACUGUUCGUGAGGCGCUUGAAUUCAGUGCUCUUCUUCGUCAACCGAGCCACUUCACCCGACAAGAGAAACUAGACUAUGUCGACAAGGUCAUCAGCCUCCUCAAUAUGGACGAAUAUGCCGACGCUAUAGUAGGAGUUCCCGGCGAAGGGCUCAAUGUGGAGCAGCGAAAGCGCUUGACCAUCGGCGUCGAGCUCGCCGCACGCCCGAAAUUGCUUCUUUUCCUGGAUGAGCCCACCUCUGGGUUGGACAGUCAAACCUCUUGGUCCAUUUGCAAUCUCAUGGAAAAGCUUACUCGCAACGGUCAAGCCAUCCUUUGCACCAUCCAUCAGCCGUCUGCAAUGCUCUUCCAGCGCUUCGAUCGAUUGCUUCUGCUCGCCAAGGGCGGCAAGACUGUUUAUUUUGGUGAAAUCGGCAAAGACUCUGAAAUAUUGAAAGAUUAUUUUGUUCGCAAUGGUGGACCAGUAUGCCCACCUGGAGCUAAUCCGGCAGAAUACAUGCUCGAAGUGAUCGGUGCUGCGCCUGGCUCUCAUACAGACAUCGACUGGCCUGUCGUUUGGCAAAACAGCAAUGAGCGCCAGGAAGUUCGUGCAGAGCUUGGUCGCCUACGUGAGCUGGCCAAUUCACCUUCCGCGAUCUCUGAUCCAAACGACAAAUCUAGCUAUGAGGAGUUCGCGGCACCCUGGACGACACAGAUGUACCAAGUCGGGCUGCGAGUUUUUCAGCAAUAUUGGCGCACCCCCUCUUACAUUUACUCCAAAGCUCUGCUUACCAUUGGCUCUGUAUGUCAUAGAUCCCUUCCCAAGAUGAACAGCUGAACUAACCAUGCACAGUCUAUAUUCAUCGGUUUCUCGUUUUUCAAAAGCGAAAACACCACCCAAGGCAUGCAGAACCAGAUGUUCGGUAUCCUGAUCUUCUUCUUCGUCGUUAUUCAAUUAAUGUUCCAAAUCAUCCCGGUCUUCGUCGUGCAACGAACCCUCUACGAGGCACGCGAACGGCAGUCCAAAACUUACGCAUGGCAAGCCUUUGUUCUUUCGAACAUCGCGGUCGAAUUUGCCUGGAACUCGGUAAUUCCCCUUCUCUUCCACCAACCACCAAAACCGAGAAUAAUAGUAACUAACCUUCCAACCCAUCUUCCCAGUUCAUGGCCAUCUUCUGCUUCCUCGUCUGGUUCUACCCGAUCGGCCUGUACCAAAACGCACAAUACACGCACACGAUGCACUCACGGAGCACGCUCGCCUUCCUUAUCGUCUGGGUCCUGUUUCUCUUCUGCAGCUCGCUCGCGCAGAUGCUCAUCGCCGGAAUCUCCAGCGACGAAAUGGCCUCCGCCCUCGCCAACAUCCUCGCCAUCAUGCUCUACGCCUUCUGCGGUAUCCUUGCGGGUCCCGACGCCCUCCCCGGUUUCUGGAUCUUCAUGUACCGCGUCAAUCCCUUCACGUACGUCACCGCGGGCCUGCUGUCCACGAGCCUGGGUAAUGCGCCUAUGCACUGCGCGGAGAACGAGGUGUUACGGUUCGCGGCGCCGGAGAAUCAGACGUGUGGGCAGUACCUUGGCCCCUAUGUGCAGGCCAUGGGUGGGGAGGUGUUGAACCCAACUGCGCGUGGUGAGGAGCAGUGCCGGUUUUGUAGUGUGACGUGGACGAAUGAUUUCUUGCGGGGGGUGAGUAUUGAUGUUGAGACGAGGUGGAGGGAUUUCGGGCUCGUGUGGGUGUAUGUGGUUUUUAAUGUCUGUGCGGCGGUGUUUUUGUAUUGGUUGUGUCGGGUGCCGAAGGGGAAGAAGGAGACGAAGAAAGUGAAGGGGAACUAGGGUGCCUGCCUAGGUAUGGAGGAUGGUGAUGGUGAGUUGUUGGAUUGGUUGGUUUGCAUUGCAUUGAACUCGGAACGAGUCUAAUGGGAACGACAGGAUGCCUACUGCAGGUACCAACUCCUUCAAAGAAGGGGAACCAGGAGAAAGUAAGUUGGGCAAAGGAUUCAAAAUUGCAAGGUUGGAUCUAUUGGACUGUUUAGAGUGGAGGAUAGACCCAGGAUAAAUUUGUAAUCACUCAUACUGUUAGAUUGUACUCUACGCACAAACUACAAUUUCAUUGUUCUUCGAAAUCUCAUCAAAAUAGUACCAGAGUUAAAGUUUUCGUCUCGAUUUCUAUUCAUCCUUGUCCAUUCAUCCCCCCUUUCCCUCCACCGGUUCGCCCCUUGUCCAUUCUCUCAUCCUUCAUCUUUUAGCUCUGUUUCAUCUCAAUCUCAUGUCAGCAAGCAGCUGACAAACAGCAGUCCCCCUUCCCA